UAUUGUGUCGAUGACGUAAACAAACAUUCAAUAUAAGUUUUCAUCGGAUAGAUAUGUGUCAUUUAUGUCAUGAACUUGUUAGAAAGGUAGGCUCUGUUUAAAAAUUAAAACAAUAGACGGUUGGUGCUAUAAACAUCGAUUAUAAACGAAUGUUCUUCAUUACCAAAACAAGCAUAUGUUUUACGUUCGAAAAACAAUUAGAAAAAGACGUGAAGUACAGUGCAGCCGUUUGUCCAUAAAACUUUUUAUUUCGCCGUUAAAAGUCGAUUUUCGUGCUACUUGCUCUGAAGUCUGAAGUAAGUGAAGCAGUCGCGUUACCAGACGACAACAAAACAACUUUUAACGAUUCUUUGUGUCUUUCUGCAAGAUGUGAGAGAAAGCUCACGUAUUGUACAAAGGCCUGGUCAGAAGUCGGUUAAAUUCUAAAGAAAUUUAUAAAUGGUCCUUCUUCGAUCCCCUCCAUUGGCACCAGUACCAACAACAACUGUGGUGAAAGGUGACUUACGAAGAAACGCGCUUAAACAUAGCACAUGUCGAUGCUACUUGCUCGAAGCGUGAUGUAGUUCAGUUGGAAGAAGGGUGAUUCCCGGCAAAUAUGAGAAGUUUCCAAAGAAAAACACGUCAUUUUGCCCCUUGACGGUUACCGUAUGACAAUGGUGUGUUUCCAAAAAGUUAUUAUUCUUUUAAUGACAUUGCGUUUAGUUGUAAGUGAAGAAAAGGUAGACUCGGACAAUUUAUACGUACAGUUGACAGAAUCUCAAUCAAGAGCUUUAAAACAGGAAUGGCGAGCAGUUGAAGAAGACAAACCUCAUUUUUUCCCAGAAUGGAAUGAAGAAACGUCACCACUAGAAGAAAAUACAAGCCCUAGAAUUAUAAAACGACGAAGAAGAAUCCGCAAAAGGAAACGACGUCCACAAAACGAACAAGCACAAGAGUUAGACUUUGAUUCACUCAUGACCAUUGAACCCAUUCGUCGAAAAGUUAGACCCCAUCGUUUGGAUGAAAUAGACGACUCCUGGAUAAAUAUAAGUGAAGAAAUGAUGGACCAACCUCACCAUCGAAGAAGAACUAGUCCUACAUUCGAAAGUGGCAGCAGCGAGGACGCUUCAAGAAAGAAAGAUGAUCUAUCGUUUGAACGUUUUGGUCCAGAUGAUGCUUUAGACGUUAAGUUAACAAGCCCCUCCCCAAAAUUCUAUGAAAAGGUCAGAGAUCCGUUUACUGCGCUUGAAGAGGAUGACAAAAUAAAAAAAAGACGAAAAGGUGCACCAGAUAUCAAAAACAUACUUAAGAAGACUGGAUCUGUUAGUGAAGUGUUACAAAAGAAAAAUCUGUCGCUCACUGACCUUCUUAUGGGCAAGGAACAGGCAAUUUCUGCUUUAACAGAUUCAUCUACAAUAGACGGCCAGCCCGUUAAGGAAUAUAAGAACCCAGUAAGAGACGAUUUUUCUUGGAAUCACACAGAACUAACAAAAAAGAAAGCUGAAAAUAUUGACAGCCUACAUGAAAGAAAGAAACUACAUAGGUUUGGCCAAAAAAGUACAACGGAACUAUAUUUGCACAUUACCGAACAAAAACACGAAAUCCUUAACACAACUACUGUUAUACCGUACGUAACCAACGCUCAGAAAACAAAUUCAGAUUCGAAUAAUUACAUAAAAAAGAAAUUUAAAGGUACCAUAGUGGGCAAUAGUAAUGACCAACACCAAGUGCAGAAAACAACCACCGCCAGCAAAGACCUUUAUGAUGAAGGGCCAGUUAGAAUGUCUUUAAAUGUAAACAAUUUAGCAAAAAUAAAAGACGAUACGAAAGAAACUGAUACAGAACUGCCACAAAAAUUACGACCUUUCAGCGCAAAAGAAGAGAUAAUGGAAAUGAUGAAAGAUCCGGAAGGCAACAGAAGACUAUCACGAAUUUUAGAAUUGAAAAACAUUACACUUGACGAACUGAUAGAAAUGAGAGAAAGAGGAUCUAGCAAGAAACAUCUGGCUGAUCUGUUUCAUAAUCAAAAUAAAGAACCAGAACCACCUAAAGAACCUUUUAUAGGGCAUAUCCGGACAUCUGCAAAGCGGGGGUCUUUAACAUUAGCUAAAAGAAAACCAAAAGCCCUCGAAGAUGAAACCGAAAUGUCCCUUCAGAAUAGUACUGCAAUAGUACUAUCUAGUUUUGAGAAAGAAGUAAAUACAGCAGAUAGUUAUACAACAACGACAUUUCCAAUGAUACGAAUCAAUAAAAACAUUUCAUCUUCACAGGAAGUUGAAAAUAACAAAAUAUUGUGGACGAACAUUUUGUCUAAAGCAGAUGCAAUUGGGGACAUUGAAAACGAUAGUCUUCUUAUAUCGAAGAAGAUCGAAGAUAUUUUAGAAAAUGAUGUACGCCGAAUAGAUGAUUUAGGAGAUAAACUUUCGGAUGCAUUUAACGACCAGUUACAAAUGGAAUUUGAUGAAGGUCCUGCAGAAAAAAGAAACGAUUCAAAUACGGUUCAAAAUGGAAUCGCUUCGGCCAUUUUAGCUAGUCUUUCCGUAGUAGGAGUUUCACUGUUUGUGUUUCUGACGAUCUUGUUUGUGUUUAAGUUAUCAAGACGUAAGAAAAAUAGACGGUCCUUACUGAACCAUUUUUCAGAGUACAAAAGUAAAUAUCCCAUCUUGGGAGGUAGUCUUAGAAAGACGUUCACACUUUCCGUGCCGGAAAAGUUUCCACCAAAGAAAGUGCGAGAUCCUGUUAGUUUUAUAAAACAAGUGCCAGAAAAUGAAGACCGAAAGCCGUACGAGUCUGUGGCAUGUUAUUAAAUUAAGCUGAGAAGACAGGGGUUGUGAUUUUUUUACGUGCAAUAUUUUAUUUAUAUUCAACCAUUACGUAUACAAUGAUACACUUUAAAGUAAGUCGUAAGUUUUAUGUUUGUUUAUAGACAAUGUUGUUACUAUUUCUGUAAAUAAAGGUGAAAUUUUGUCUUUU